CUCAUACAUAAUCACUUUGGUCCGCCGCUUUCUUCCUUUCUCCCUCCUCAACCACCUCUUUUCUCUUUAUAAAAAUCAACGGUUCUCCAAAUUUCUCAGUGGUUCGAGACAUAUCAUAAAAGAAUGUUGCAGCACCAAGAACUCGCUCUUCUAAGAAGCUUCAGCUGCAACACAAGAAAGAUCAGCCCAGAGACCUCUCCGGCGCGUAGGUUACACGCCCGUUCUCGUUCUUCCUCCUCCUCCUCCUCCUUGAUCCCACCCAUCCCUGAGCAUGAACUCUUCCUCGUACCUUUCCACAGCGUCACCUCCUCCUCACGUGCCAUCAUCAACCUCGUUAACCUACCGCCAUCUCCUUCCUCCUCCGGUGUUUCUAACCAGCUGAUCACCGGAAAAUCCUCUUCCCUCGGGAGAAGGGUCACCGGGACUUUGUACGGACACAGAAGAGGCCACGUCACGUUUUCAGUCCAGGACGGUCCGAGAGCCGAACCCGUGUUUCUCUUAGACCUAGCCAUGUCAACGGAAACUCUAGGCAAAGAGAUGUCGUCAGGGCUCGUCAGGAUCGCGUUGGAGUGCGAGAGGCGUCACCGUUCGGGGAUGACUAAGCUUUUCCACGAGCCCAAGUGGACCAUGUAUUGCAACGGCAGGAAGUACGGUUCCGCGGUGUCGCGUUUCGGAGCGUGCACCGAGAUGGAUUUGCGCGUGCUGAAUACCGUGUCGAGUGUAACGGUUGGAGCCGGAGUUAUUCCGACGGCGAAUGACGUGUCCGGUGGUGGAACGGAGCUUGGGGAGUUGUUGUAUAUGAGAGGUACAUUUGAACGGGUCGUGGGGGGUCGUGACUCGGAGGCGUUUUACAUGAUGAACCCUGACGAAAACGAUGGUCCCGAGCUCAGUAUUUUUCUUCUUCGAUUAUGAAAAAAUGAUUUUUCUUAAGAGAGAGAGUUACUUGACUUUUAAAAUUAUUUGAAAAUGUCUUAAUUAACUUGUUAUUAUAUAGUGAAUGAUUGCAAUGUUAUUAUAUAGGUUAGUUUCUAAUCUCUUGCUUAUCAGAUGUGGUGUUUUUGUUGUUGUUGUUUUUAAUUACAGCAAUUUUCUGUAUUUUGGUUUUUGUUAAA